UGAGCAUCCAUGAUCGAUGAUGCAGGAUUUUUCUCCUCUCAGUCGGUCUUUCUCAGACCAUCGGAAUCAACCGUACCGGAAGCUCACACCCCUAAGAUCAAACGAAAUAUCCGAUUGGGUGAAUCAUUGUUUUCGACCAAUCAAAAGCCUGUUUACAACAAAGUUCGGCAAGCACGUGUCAAAUAUGGCCGAUGCCGGUAGAAGGACGAUGAAUGUGGGAUUGUUUUUUGUUGUUUUUUCACUUCUAUUUUCCGCCUCAUAUUGCAAGAAAGCAAAAAAAUCAGGCGGUGCCUACAAGCAAGUCGAAAUAGAUGUAGAUCUUGGUCCAGAAGGAGCAGAGGCAAAAAGGUUUACUGCAGCAGAGAUUCGAGGAUAUGACGGGAGAGAUUCAAAAAAGCCCCUUUUGAUGGCAGUACGAGGUGUUGUGUUUGAUGUGUCAGACGGAAAAGAUUUUUACGGGCCUGGAGCAGGAUACCAUGCCCUUGUUGGACGUGACGCAAGUCGAGCCAUAGCUCUUUGGUCGCUGGAAGAGAAAGACAUGGUCCACGAUCUGAGUGGGCUGAGUGACGAUUCCCUGAAGGGCUUAGAUGACGUAUUUGUUGGUACGUACAAGAAGAAGUACCCUGUGGUUGGCUACAUGGAUUAUCUUAUAGACACUUUCACUGAAAAAACAUUUGAGGACAGGUUCAAGGAAGAUUUAUAAACUCUCAAAAUUAUGACUUCAAAUAUUAUGCACUAUUUUUCUAAUUUCAUAAGGCUGAUUUUUUUAACCUCUAUUAUAUAUUUUCAUAUAUUUUUAACGAGAUUGUGAUGUUAUUGAAAUUAAUUGGUUAUGAAAUUACAUGUUCAGUGGUCGAUUAUAUGGAGAAGGGAAAUACAUGUUGAGUGCAGUAAAUUAUCAAUUGAUUUAGGAAUGUAAAAUAUGUAUAAAUGUUUUUGAUUCCAUGCCUUUUUGCAGUUUUAUUAUAAUGAAGUAACUAUAGCAAUAUCAAUUUUUAUAAGGAGUUUAAGGAAUGAAUCAUUCUUGAUUUAAAAAAAAAACAACAAAAUUUAUUUUCGGAAAUGGUGAAAUAAAAAAAGUAUGAAUGACACGGAAUGGAAAAGGGAUCAUAUAUAUGCUGAUAUUAUGAAAUGAUUUUUAUAUAUUUUUUUAAGGAGUAAAUUAUUAAAAUUGUGAUAUUGAAACAUAACAACACUUCAUCCUUUUAUUUGCAAAAAUCAAAAGACAAAGAUUAACUUCAGGAGACCUAAUAACACUGUAUAUAAAGUAAUAUUUGGAAAUGUUUAACUAUCUUUAAUUAAUACUAAGUCAUAGUUAUUUCUACUGGGAUGCCACUAUUUGGGUUGCAGUUUGCCUGAGAGUCACAGUCCCUUUCAACCAUUUUUGAUAGAAAUCUCUUGGUAAAUGUUUUGUAUAUAAGUGUUGAUAGUAUCUAUAAUAUUACCUGCUGUAUUUGCAUGUGGAGAGUUUGUAGGGAAGUAAGGUAUAGAAAUCAUUAGAAUGUUUUUCUUUUCCGCUUUUAGACUUUUGUCAGAAUAAAUAUUUAGGUACAGUGUUGAAAUUCAGUAUAAAACAACAUUCACUAUUCCCAUUUAUAUUGUCAUAUAUGGCGUCAUUGUUACAAAUCAAAUAUUGAAAAGCUUUUUGCUUUUUAAAAAUAGCUGGUUUUAACUGAAUUCUCAUCAGCUCUCAUCUUAAGGAUCUUUGAUCAGUUUUGAUGCACUAUGAAGUCAUCCCAAUCGUUUGUAUUUUUUUAGUUUUUAAAACGUGCCUCGAUGCAUUCUAGUCUUCAAUAUAUCAACAAACUUAUUUCUGUUCCAUUGUCUCCUGUGAAUCACAUCCUGGAUGUGUUGUUUUUGGGGAUAUGAUGUAGGGUGUUUAUAUAUAGGGGUCUUUCAUCACAUUGUUAUAAGUUUAGGUCAUUGGUGCUAGCUUGUUGUUACAGAUUUAUUAUAUUUUGAUAAAAAAUAAAGUAUUAAUUUUGAACCAGGAAUUAUCAAGACAAAACAACAUAAAUUUCAUUCAUUGUACUGUGAUCUCAUUUUUACAUGAUUGUCAUUGACUGACAUUGACAAUGAAUCUCGGUCCAAACUAACCAUUCUUCAUUUCUUUGAAUUAUUUUUAUAUUGUUUAUUUUGAAGGCACCUUUGUGAAACUCUGAUUGUAGCAUUUUAUUUUGUGAUGGUUUACUUCACAAGAGACUAGUAAAUUAAUUAUUAAUAUUUCUUUAUUUUAAAAUCAUUAAUAAAAAAUUUAUUAUGAUUAUAGGUGCUAUAAAAAAAACUUUCGGUUAUUAUUUUUGGGCUCAAUGUCCUUGACCUUAGGAACUCUGCCAACAGGUCUUCUGUUCACAACACAGAUUUUGUUGCUCUUGUUUAAAACAGCAUUACAUCAAACUUUAGUCGAUCAGUAUUAGUGAAUGAGAUUUGUAAUCAAAGUUCAGGAGUAAUAAUUUAUUUUCUUCCAUCAUUCCAUUGAUCUGAGGUUGUGUAUAUAUUUACAUUUGAAUAUCCUGUCAGAUAUUAUAGAUGAGAUUUAUUUAUGUAUUAAUCAUAUCAGUAACAUGUACAGUGGUAUCUCCCCAAAUCACAUGCAUAUCUAAGUGUCUGUAGUAGGGAGAAUCCAUUCCACUUUUUAAUUUACAAUGUGAUGCAAUAUAAGUUGGUUUAAUCAGUUGUACUAAUUGUUUUAUGUAAAAUGGUGGUGUUCAUGUUGGCCAUGGUACUUUAAUAAAAAAGUAAUUACUGUU